AUGCCUGGUAUCUUGCCCAUGAAAGUGAUCAAGGUCGGCGGCACUGGCACGCAGAGCCGCAUCGCCCAAGCCUGUGACCGCUGUCGUAGCAAAAAGAUCCGCUGCGAUGGGGUUCGCCCCUGCUGCUCACAAUGCGCCAACGUCGGCUUCGAAUGCCGAACUAGCGACAAGCUCAGCCGCCGAGCCUUCCCCCGUGGAUAUACCGAGUCAUUGGAAGAACGAGUCAGAAGUCUGGAGACGGAAGUCAAGGAUUUGAAGGAUCUGUUGGACGAAAAGGACGAGAAGAUCGACGUCUUGUCAAGGAUACAUUCGUUUUCGCCCGCGCCGCAACGAGCGGCAUCGAUGCGGUCCCCCUCGGUAGCCGCAACGCCCAAAUCAAGCCCCCCAGAAUCGUCGGAGGGUGUGAUUCAUGUUGAGCGAUCGUCAAAUCGCCCAUCCCCGCAGUCGCAGAACCCGUUCAUGGGAUUUUCUACCACCCAGGGAUUUGCCAACGUAUUCACCGACAGACUUGUUAGCCAGGGGAAGUCUGCUACUAGAAUUCCCAUGGUGGCGCUGACAGCAUUGUCUACCUCGGUAUCUCGAGGCAAGCCUAGCCAAGCGGUGAAAACACCACCCCGCUUGGUCUCUGAUCAACUGAUCAACAUCUUCUUCCAAGAAUGGGCUCCCCUGUACCCGGUGGUCCAUCGUCCGACUAUUUUGAAGACCUAUGAGCAGUACCUUAGUAAUACCGAGUCUCUUCAGCGCGAUGCCCAUGCCAUGGCGCAGUUGAAUUUGAUCUUCGGUAUUGCAGCGCUCUCUUCAAUUUCGAGAACCAACCAGGACCCGACCUUCUUCGAGGAGAACUGGUCGACUAUGCUUGAUUCAUUCUCGGGCGAGACCUCCCUGUCAAGUCUGCAGUGCUUUGCUCUUGGUCAGAUCUAUUGUAUGACAAAGGGCGAUUAUCGCACUCUGCUUCGCUACCGCGCUCUUGGUGUAGACAUUUGCCACCAGUUGGGCCUGCACGAAAAUCCAGAGACCUCAAUCAAUCCUCUUGAAGAUGAGACUCGCAAGAAGGUUUUCUGGUCUCAAUAUGUUCUGGAUCGUUUCUGCUCCGCUCUUACUGGAAUGCCUGUUCUCUUGCGCGAGGAUGACAUCCGGAUAGAGUAUCCGGUUGACGUGGACGAUGAAAAUGUCACCGAGACUGGGUUCCUGCCAACCCUUCCUGGUGAAUCCACCCGCAUCUCUAGUGCUAUUGCAUUGUUCGGGGCUUCCAGAAUCCUAAACAAGGCUUUGGAGGACAUGUUCUCCUCCAAGUCCGGAUACGAUGUAUCCGUUUCAAAGAUGCGCUCCGUUGCAGGACAGUUGGACGAGUGGCUGCAAACACUGCCUUGCCAUCUCCGUCUCGAGUUUAGCCAAGAUAAGCCUAGCACGAACGUCACUAGCAGCCGUUCCCCCCUCCUGUCUCUUGUCUACUAUUUCAUCAGAUCUUUGAUCCACCGUCCGGCCGUGUGUUUCGCAGACGAGAGUCUUCGCUCUCCGUCCGUCCUGGCACUGUCCGAUUCGGCCAAGCACAUCAUUCAGAUUCUUGAGCUUCUCGAUGAAAGACGCCUCUGUCUCUCUUUCAGUAUCAACCGCAAAGAGUUGAUGUUCUUUUCUGGACUUGGGCUCCUGUGGCAGAUGCUUGGUGUGAAGCGCGAUAGCAAACUCGGCAAGGAGACUCAGAAGUUGCUUGGUACCGCUAGGGGACAACUUCAAACAGAGUUCUCUGCGGCAGCUGCUGAAUUCGACAGCCUGUCAAGCACCCUGGUUUUACUGGAUGACAGCAAACGGCCAUCAUCCGACAAGGCUUCCCAUGAGAUGGGUGCGCCGACACACAAGCCACUCAAAUCCCCCAAGAAGCACUUGCAAGCUUUGAAGUCGCGUCUUACCAGCGCUGCUCGCGACCAGCCCAAGCAAGGCUCACCCCAAGCCUCCCGCCGGAACACCAUCUCUGGCGCAACUCCCCCACUCGUCGCCCAAUCCCUCCGCUCGCCGAGCUGGAGCAGCCUUUCACCUGCACAGCACGACCACCUUACCCCUGCAUUCCUCACCGACAAAGACCACUCUCCUCUCGACCUCGCCUCGGCCGCACCAAUGAACUACGAGCAUCACCGGUCAAUGUCUUGCUCAACACCCUCCGAGCCAGCCCCCGGCGCUCUUACAAUGGCCGACUGGGAAUACGUACUCAGCGACAUGGACCGCGGCUACUCCAACAUCUUCACAGGGAUUUAUGGUGGCAAAGACUGUGGUGAAGACUCAGGCCCCUUUGCCUCGAUCACAGCCGAAUGCAGUCGCAAACCCAUGGAGGACCCGCCAGCCAUUCCGCCACCGAACGAACUCCAGGAUUUGUCCCCCAAAUCCUGGUCAGCUAGUAGCGGUGAAUUCCCUUCUGCGCAAGAACAUGCGACGCAGAGCGUGCUCAGUUACUCGGGCGAGAGUAUGGGAAGCAUGGAUGAUACCCUGGCCCCGUAUACAGAUGUCAAGGUCUAUCCCGAGGAUAUUAACACACUGAAUCCUUUCAACGCCUUUUCCAUGCCAGGCGAAGACAAAGCCGAUGACGGAUUCGAUGAGUUCUCGUUGGUAAAUGGUUGGGACCGACGGCUGGCCAUUUGA